AUCUAUGGGCUUCCCAAGUGUACUGGUGCUUUGUGUAGUGCACAUCAAAAUAUUUUUGUAGUUGUGAGGUUGUUACAUGCUUGCCUGAAUUUUUAUAUUCCACACUGUAUAAUGUGUGUAAUGCUCCACAUGUCUUAAUGUUACACUGUAUUGUGUGUGGGUAAUAGUUGUGAGUGCUUCUCUUUGUAUGCAAAAAGUAUAUGUGUCCAUCUUCUACCACAGCACUGGUCCCUGUGACAGAGUAACAGAGUACCACCCAGUAGCGAACCCCAUCCAGAGGUGCCUUAGUGCUGAAUCAUGGCCCGAGUCACAAACACCUUCCCGCUUGUCUGCGUGCCUGCCACGCUGAUGGGUUGUGAAUCACAGAGGAGGGUCCCUUAAUAAGCCCCCAGGUUUUGUGCUGCACCACACAUAUGUGUCCAGGUCCCCUCUGGGGCUUCUGCCAAGCCUGCUGAUAACGGUGAGCGACUGAGAGUGUGAGCAGAACGGGCUUAAUGGGGAGGGGGGGUUAGCGAGGGAGAGAGAAAGAGAGAGACUGAAAGCAGACAGCAUGAAAAAGCAUUAGGGUGAUGAGACUUGCCCUGUGGACUGAGCUCUUACAAGAAACAAGGAAGAAAGGACAUAAAGGAGAGGAGGAUCCCGGUCUUCACAGUCGGGGCGUGUUUCAAGGCCACAAUGCACCUGUUGCCUUAAGAAGCGCGGGUUAGAAAGAAAAAGACAGUCACGGCAAGACAAGUGGUAGCUGGGGGCUCCCGCUAACUCUUCGGGAAAGACCUCCAAUGUGCACAGCUGCGACCUGAAGGACAGCACUCUGGUGGAUCCCUGUCAGUGUUAUCCUGCCAGGAUCCAACCAGAGCACCACGGAUUUCCUCUGGACCGACCCAGGAGCCACAGUGUGAGCGCAGAGCAGGAGGACUGGACCAUAAGCACAAGUUCUCCAUCUUCCACAGGAGGGUUCAAGAGUGUGGUCGUCUGUGUGUCUGAGGUCACAGCUCUAACAGAGGACGGGUGACUUUGUGGUACAGCGCACUCAUUUGCUCCCCACUUCUGCACAGUGCGCCAAAUACCCAGGAUAAAUGAUACUUUAUAAGUUCCACACAGCCUUUGCAGGCUUCUUUCACUGCUUUUGUGUUUGUUGAUGUUUCAGUAACCUUUGUGUUUAGUAGGGAGAGAGGCCUUGUGGAGGUGUGCUGGUUGGAGUAGAGCGCCCCCUUCAGGCUGCACCCAGGUGGGGAUGGGCUAAGCAGCCAUGGUGGUCACACAGCUGGAGCUGGAGUUGUGCUACCGGGGCCAAAAGCUGCGGGGCUUCACCUGCAAGCUGAAGCGCUUCGCCAACGGCUUCGUGCCUGAGGGCUCCUGGCUCAUCGGCGCCCAGGUGCUGCUACCGUACCUGGUGGCCGGACUGGGCACAGUGGUAGCAGGCAUCCUUAUGGACAUGGUGCAACACUGGGAAGUGUUUAAGAAGAUCACAGAGGUGUUCAUCCUGGUACCAGCCCUGGUGGGCCUCAAAGGCAACCUGGAGAUGACCCUUGCCUCCCGAUUGUCCACAGCAGCCAACACUGGCCGGCUGGAUGAGCCCAAGCAGCAAUGGACGAUGGUGUGCAGCAAUCUGGCUCUCAUUCAGGUCCAGGCCACGGUGGUGGGUUUCCUGGCUGCCCUGGCUGCCGUUGGCCUGGGCGCGGUCUCCAGGGGAGGGGUGGAACUCGACCAGGCGGCUGUGCUGUGCGCCAGCAGCAUGACCACUGCUUUUGUGGCAGCUCUGUCUCUGGGCCUGGUGAUGAUUGGCGUGAUAAUUGGAUCCAGGAAGGUGGGCAUAAACCCAGACAACGUGGCCACGCCUAUUGCUGCCAGUCUGGGAGACCUCAUCACCCUGUCGCUCUUGGCUGGGGUUAGCAGUACGCUCUUUGAGUAUAUUGAUAUCUGGUACCUUUCCCCUCUGGUGUGUGGACUCUUCCUGGUGCUCAUCCCGCUGUGGGUGGUCAUCGCCCGCCGUAGCCCACCGAUCCGGGAGGUGCUGAGGUCCGGAUGGCAGCCGGUUAUCAUCGCCAUGUCCAUCAGCAGCAUUGGUGGCCUGAUUCUGGACAAGACAGUGAGCAACCCAAAGUUCGAGGGCAUGGCUGUCUUCACCCCUGUCAUCAACGGCGUGGGGGGGAAUCUGGUGGCGAUCCAGGCUAGCCGCAUCUCCACGUACCUGCACUUCUGGAGCAUGCCAGGGGUGCUGCCCUAUAAGAUGAGGCAGCAUUGGCCUAACCCCUGCGUGACCUUCUUCACAGCAGGUGUCAACUCCAAGUCGGCCAGGGUGCUGUUCCUACUGGUGGUCCCGGGCCACCUGCUGUUCCUCUAUGCCAUCCACUUUCUACAGGGUGGUCACAUAGACAUCAACCUGACCUUCAUCUCCUGCUACCUGUGUGCUGCUCUGCUCCAGGUCGGCAUCCUGCUGUACGUGGCGGAUCUGAUUGUGCGCCUGAUGUGGCGGCGAGGACUGGACCCUGACAACUUCUCCAUCCCAUACCUGACAGCUCUCGGGGACUUGCUGGGCACGGGCCUCCUGGCUCUGUGCUUCCACGCAGUCGCACUCAUGGAUGCCACAGGUUUCUGAGGCUCUUUGACCACUGCCGUUCCGUCUGUUUCCCAUCACAUCAGUAGGAGGGCUGGUCGGCUUUGUGGCGGAUUGCCCCUCCAACCGUGCAGGCCUCUUCAUAGAGCUAAUCUUGCUCAUGAGCGUCAUACAGCCUUUAAACCUGCUCUCGUUUCCGCUGCUCACCAGCCGUUUUGGAGUUCACAUUUCAUGUGGCUCCUUGCUGCAAUGGUGUGGAAUGGGCAGACAGGGGCUUUGUAUUAACCAGUUGUGAAUGUUGAUCUUUAAUUUAACUUGCCAUAUAGUUUUAAAUGUGUGCCACACACAGGGACUUGUUUCUUCAUUGCGCUUUAUGGGGUUGGAUCAAAUCCUCAGCGGGAUUUAAGGUUAAAUCAUCAUUGUCUCCUGGUUCUCUGAACCUGGUGCCCCUGAAGACCGCAUCUGCAUCGUGUUUUGCUCUCUGUGCUUCUUUUCUAAGAAGGCGUCUGUGGCGGAUGCUUUGUAGAUGAAGUUGCUAAAAUGUAGCCAGACUAAACUGGAAGGUCGGAAUGACCCGGAAAGGAAGUGCUGACGGACGUAAGAGAACCAGACUCACUCUGGACACUGAUCUCCACAGUGCUGUGAGAGGAGCUCCCAGGCUUUGCUCAGUCCUCAUUCACAGCACGUUUUAGUCCGAAAUUUGGUCGUUGACUUCAGACAAUGUACAUAAUGGCACCGCUCCCACAGGAUUUGAAAUGUCUUUUCCUGACAACCUUUCUAAGUACUAAACCAACUGUACCUUAGUGUAGUCUUUCUUGAAUCAGUUUUCCUUGUUGUGAGCUAUACUUUAUCAAUGCUUUUCUGCUCUGCGUCACCUGAGGUUAAGGAAUAGUUGCCCUUAGGCUUGUGUGGCUUUUGGUGUCCAGCUUAAUGCUGCCAUGUCUUUAUUCUGUAUCUGGGGUCCCACACCCUGGUCCAGGUGGUCUGUUGCAUACAUUGUAUUUACUAGUAAGUUUUAACUGCACACAAGUGCUUCAGCUUACAGGCUCAGUGAUGAAAAGAAGACUGAUUGAGCUGUUUUGGGGACUCCAGUGCUACCUGAAUGCUUAUUUAAUGCGGUACAACUGCGUACACGGACCAGUAUUGGGGACCUCUGAAUUGAAGCAUUUUCUGUCAAAAAAUUGGAGUAGAUAAGGUAUUCACUACCUCUCUUGCCCUCCCUUAGUUGUUAUAAUUCAAAGUCUGUUUACGUGCAAUUAUACAGAGUUGUAGUGAGGAGGUGAAAAAUAACAGUGGCCUGUUGUGUUUGUCAGAAUAAUGCAUUUAAUUUGUUUUGUUUGUGACAUAUUUCUGUAAUCAUUUAUUGGAAUAAAAUUUGGGAUGGUGGAUCAAAA